AUGUAUUUCUACCACUACCACUUGCCACCGCCAGUGGCCGGUCGUCACAUUUCCCGAACAGGAGCACCGGCGGUGCACUUGCGAGCAGCGGCACCGAAUAAGCCGUGGUGCCAGCACACGGUCGAGGACGAGCCGUCCCGUGGCGCGUCGUUUGGUCGAAGUGCCAGUGAGCGCGGAGGCGUCGAACAGCGACUAAGGAACUGGAACCUCGAUGAAGGUCGGCGAUGCGAAGGGUUGGCUCGGGUGCGGCGAGGCUAUAACACCCGCUACGUCUUCGGCUACGUCCGGAGCAGUAAUGACUACCGUAUCGUCCUGCCCCGUCUUCCUACUGGUAAGCUCGUCGCUGACUCCGUUUUCCUGCAUGCAGACCUUGCUGGCCGCCCAUACCGAGCGCAGGACUUUCGAGAUGCCCUCCGGAAUAUCAUAGACCUUGCUGAUAUAACCUCGAUCGGGCAAUUUCAAAUGUCACAUGUCUGGAUGGUGACUUGCAGGACUGCGCUAUCUAAAGUGAAGUUAGUAACCUGUGGUGAAUUCUUUGUUCGAGGACGAAGAUGCGUCGUUAUAGACCCUGAACCCACGGAAGUUAAAAUGAAGCUGUUAUGGCUCCCUGAACGCCUGGAAGAUAUUUAUGUGCACGAAGCCUUUCAGCCUUUCGGAAAGAUCAAGUCGAUUUCAGCGGAAACUUGGAGGGUGUCAGAAAUGGAACAGAUGAGGACCCUUAACCGAGACGUUGUACUGGCACUUGGUGACGGAGUCCGUGUCUCCGACAUCCCGCAUCUGCUCUCAGUUUGUGGUCUACAAAGCCUAGUGCUGAUUCCCGGCAGGCCACCUUUAUGCCUUCGUUGCAACAAAGUAGGACAUAUUCGUCGACACUGCAGGACACCACGCUGCGAAGAUUGUCGGCGGUUUGGACACACGGCUGAAGAAUGUGUGGCGACGUAUGCCAAUAAAUUACGACAUCGCAUGCGACCACCUGAAGAUGCGUUUCCAGAACAUAUCAUGGACGCUACGGAAGUCCUCGAUGCAACGGGAGACCUUCCACAUGCUGCCGUCGCUGAGCCCUGUGCUGUUGACAAGGACGCAGCUAGUGACUGUGCUGGAGCGGAGAACUCUAAACAAGCGUCAAACACCGUAGAUGUGACAGACAGCGGAGAGAAGGAAGCAGUACCUGCACAUGACCCUGAGGAGUUGCUUGUCGGCUGA